AUGUCUACAACAAAAUCCGCAUCACCCUUACUGCGGACCUUACUACGACCAUCAAGCGGCCCUACCUCACGCUACACUUGCGCACCCUGUCUACACCAACAGCACCAGCAGCAGCAGCGAACAAUACACAAAACCAAAGACGCAUCAAUACCCAAACCGACUCCCUUCGUCCCCGACGUCAAGACCUUCCUCACCCUCAUCGGCCGCGGCCUCAGCGCCCAAGCCUCAAAGAUCUCCUCCUGGAACAAACUAUUCACCCUCUCCUCCGAAGAGCUCAAAGAGCUCGGCGUCGAACCCGCCCGCACAAGAAGAUACCUCCUGAGAUGGAGACAAAAGUUUCGAAAUGGCGAGUACGGAGUCGGCGGUGAUUUCAAGUUCGUCAAAGACGGCGCGGCGCAGCUACGUGUUGUUGAGCUGCCGAGUAACACGACGCAGGGAAGCGAGGGUAGUCCGGAAUAUGUAUCUGUGACACGGACGCCUGGAAAGACCAAGCUGGUGCUGAAUGUGCCUGAGGAUUUCGACCCGUUGAAUAUUCAGAAAUUGUUACAGCCUGGUCAAUCUACUGCGGAUCUCAAGAAGCCGAAAGACUAUAGUUUGAAGAGAGGACAUAUCAUUGCGGGUCCGUAUGCGACGCCUGUUGCGGGAGGUGGCUCGAGCACGGUUCGUGUGCAGGUAAAAGAGGGAAUGUGGGAAGAUCCUUUGGGCAAAAAGGUGUUUGGUGGUGAGAGAAGACGCGCCCAGACCUUGCACAAGCUGGGUGUUGCGGAGCACAGGAAGGCUAUUGGUACGGCGAGAUAA